UCAGACAAGCGAGGAGGAAAUGAACUCCACCACACCAGGAGCUUCCACCAACACCACAUCUCCUUCCACCUCGCCACUGGACAGUGCUCAAAUUCCUUUGUUCAGCAUCAAUGUCUUGUUUGGUCUUCCUACACACUCCUAUAUUAUAUGGCUUAUUGUCAAAGGGACAGGUGGAAUUGCAUCAGAGUAUCUCAACUUCAAUAACUCUUUAUGUGAGAUUUGCAUCUCUUUGGAUUUCUUGAUCUUUAUAUUGGCAAGCUAUAUUUCAAGUCUCUUUCCAUUAGCAAUGUUUUUACAAGGACUCACCAUAACUGGUCGUCCUCUGUUUCAGUGUGUGAUGUGUGUUGAGCGUUACCUGGCAGUGGUUCAUCCUGUAACCUUUCUGAAGUACAAACCUCUCAGAUACAGAGUGAUCUGCUGUAUCGCAGCCUGGAUAAUCACUCUUGGAUCCUGUUUGUUCUGCCUUAUCAUGUUCUUUUUUUCUACCGUUGCUAUGCAUGCGUGCUUCUACUCAGUGCAGUUUCUACUCUAUCUCCCCAUCCAGUUGUUUUGCCUUGUGGCUGUUCUCAGAGCUCUGAAGCAGCCAGGACCAGGAGACAGAGGGAGAGAGAGAGAGGAGAAAACACACAUGAAGACAAGAGCAUUUUAUCUCAUCUUAAUAACUACUGUGACCAUGACUAUCACAUAUGUGCCAACCACUGUCACUGGAAUCUUUACCAUUGUGUUAGACCAGCUUAAUUCGAUAGUUUGGAUUCCUUCAAUGAUUUGUUUUAUACUAGCUGGUUUUGUUCAGCCUGUUCUUUAUCUGCACCGGGCUGGAAAACUCUCUCGCCUCUGUACUCAAUAA